AUAUGAGCGCGAGCGGCGGGCUCUCGGGUCUCUUUUAGCGCCAUCUGCUCGCGGCGCCGCCUCCCGCUCCUCCCGCCGCCGUCGCCGCCGCCGCCGCCCUGAGUCACUGCCUGCGCAGCUCCGGCCGCCCGGCUCCGCGUCCGAGCCUCCUGGAACGAUAUUUGGAGUUCUUACAAGAUGGCAGACAUUGACAACAAAGAACAGUCUGAACUUGAUCAAGAUUUGGAUGACGUUGAAGAAGUAGAAGAAGAAGAAACGGGUGAAGAAACAAAAAUCAAAGCGCGUCAGCUGACUGUUCAGAUGAUGCAAAAUCCUCAGAUUCUUGCAGCCCUUCAGGAAAGACUGGAUGGUCUGGUAGACACACCAACAGGAUACAUUGAAAGCUUGCCUAAAGUAGUCAAGAGACGAGUGAACGCUCUCAAGAAUCUUCAAGUUAAAUGUGCACAGAUAGAAGCCAAGUUCUAUGAGGAAGUUCAUGAUCUCGAAAGGAAGUAUGCUGUUCUCUAUCAGCCUUUAUUUGAUAAGCGAUUUGAGAUCAUUAAUGCAAUUUAUGAGCCUACAGAAGAAGAGUGUGAGUGGAAACCAGACGAGGAGGAGGAAGUUUCGGAGGAACUGAAAGAAAAGGUCAAGAUUGAAGAUGAGAAAAAGGAUGAAGAAAAAGAAGACCCUAAAGGGAUUCCGGAAUUUUGGUUGACAGUUUUUAAGAAUGUUGAUUUGCUCAGUGAUAUGGUUCAGGAGCAUGAUGAGCCCAUUCUGAAGCACUUGAAAGAUAUUAAAGUGAAGUUCUCGGAUGCUGGCCAACCCAUGAGUUUUAUCUUAGAAUUUCACUUUGAACCCAAUGAAUAUUUCACAAAUGAAGUGUUAACAAAGACUUACAGGAUGAGGUCAGAACCGGAUGAUUCUGAUCCCUUUUCUUUUGAUGGACCAGAAAUUAUGGGCUGUACAGGGUGCCAGAUAGAUUGGAAAAAAGGAAAGAAUGUUACUUUGAAAACCAUUAAAAAGAAGCAGAAACACAAGGGACGUGGGACAUUUCGUACUGUGACUAAAACAGUAUCCAACGAUUCUUUCUUUAAUUUUUUUACCCCUCCUGAAGUUCCUGAAAAUGGAGAUCUGGAUGAUGAUUCUGAGGCUAUACUGGCUGCAGACUUUGAAAUUGGUCACUUUUUACGGGAGCGGAUAAUCCCGAGAUCAGUGCUGUACUUUACUGGGGAGGCUAUCGAGGAUGAUGACGAUGAUUACGAUGAAGAAGGUGAAGAAGCUGAUGAGGAAGGGGAAGAAGAAGGAGAUGAGGAAAAUGACCCUGACUAUGACCCAAAGAAGGAUCAGAACCCCGCAGAGUGCAAGCAGCAGUGACCAGAAGGCCUGGCCUUGAGGACGGCCUGCCCUGUAAUAGCCUAAGCUCGACUCAGUUACUCACAGCCUUAUGGUUUUGUAUUUUCUUGGUAGAAUCAGUAAGUUUUUAAAGGAAAGGAAAUUGAUAUUUUAAAGACCAAUUUGUUCUGCUAGACUCCUUACUAUAGUUCUGUCAGAUAUGUUGAAUGCAUAUAAAUCCUCUCUAUUGCAUGUUCAUUUAUUGCUGCAGCUUGGUUCUUCUGGAAUAUUUUCAUCAUGUAGCUAUUGUAAUACAAUUAUGAAAAUCAACUGUUGAACUCAUUUGGUUUAGCUGCUGCCUUCCUAAAGAACCAAAGUUGGUUGUAGCUGGUAGAAGAACAAAUUGAAGUUGGCCUGCAUCCACUAAUGCUUCCAUAGUGUUGCUAGGGGAUGCGGUGACUGACACGUUGGAGAAAGGAAAAUUGUGGUUAAGAAUUUCCAGUAAGGCCGGGCCGUGGUGGCGCACGCCUUUAAUCCCAGCACUCGGGAGGCAGAGGCAGGCGGAUCUCUGAGUUCGAGGCCAGCCUGGUCUACAAGAGCUAGUUCCAGGACAGGCUCUAGAAACUACAAGGAAACCCUGUCUCGAAAAACCAAAAAAAAAAAAAAAAAAUAAAAUAAAAUAAAAAGAAUUUCCAGUAAGAUCCAACCUAAUAACUGAGAUUAUUGAGAGAGUUUUGUAUUUUAGAUGCUGUAACAGAUGUCAGUUCAUGGCUAUUAGUUAAGCAAGCUGAACAAAUGCUAGGCGUUGGUUUUUCUUGUUUUGUUUUUUCCAGAACUUAAUCUGAUAGUAUUUAAAUGUACUUUGAAAACCUCCAUUAAUGAAAUAUCUUUUCUUUGUGGUAGGGACUACCUUCUGCUUUCCUGGAAAGGAUGGACUUACAUCAUUUGAACCUAUUUUGAAUUUUUCUCUUGUUUGUUUGCCUAAUUUUGUUUUUAUAGCCUAAAAUAAAAAUGUCACACAGUUUGA